AUGUUGGGACGAUCUUUAUUCAGCGAAAAAAGAUCGGCUGAAGUUCCAAAAGGACAUUUUGCUGUUUAUGUUGGGGAAAACGAGAAGAAGAGAUUUGUUAUCCCGGUUUCGCAUUUGAACCAUCGUUUAUUUCAAGAGCUUCUUCUCCAAGCUGAAGAAGAAUUCGGGUUUCACCAUCCAAUGGGAGGCCUUACAAUUCCGUGCAGUGAGGAUUUAUUCAUCGAUCUAACCUCUCGC